AUGGUCAACAUACCAUUCGAUUCACGGCCGCGUGAGGAGCGCGACUUCAAAGAAUUUUAUAGCGAUCUUGACGAGUCAGCGCACAUUCCAGCGUUUUCUGUAAGGGACGACACCUUUUCUGCCUCUGGUCCCAAUGUGGGUCCUCUUUCGGUCGAACAGAUGGCCAUCAAGCCUGCAGUGUUUUCAAGGGUCAAAAGACAACACUCUAACGAAGCUCAUGUCUCGCGGUCUGUCGCAGACUUUGGUUUCCGUCUUCGACGUCAACAGAGGAGAGCGGCAACAACUUUUAUUCGACCUCGUAAUACACAAGCAUCCACACACCAGGCGAGCUACGAUAUGGACGAGCAAGAUGCCGAGUUCCUACGGUGGCGCAAUUCUUUGCCAGAUAAUCGAGCGCAAAUUCUGGCGGAAGUGUUUGAGAUUGUCAUGAGUGUCUUGGAACAACAAUGGCAUCAGUUGGAGUUGCGAAUGGCUGCUGCUGGUGGAUCCCUUACAGACAACAGGGACUUUCUUACAUUGGAGGAGAACUUUGAGCGGUAUGGAAGUGACGAUGGAACUGGUGGUGCUGGAUCCAUUUCGGAACAGAGAUGUGCCGUAUGCAAUGAUCUGGAAUGCGACAACAGCAACGCCAUCGUCUUUUGUGACGGGUGUAAUAUAGCAGUGCACCAAGAAUGCUACGGUAUUGCAUUUAUUCCCGAAGGCCAAUGGUUUUGUCGAAAAUGCAUGGUCAGCCGAGGAAGAAGAAUACAGUGUGCAUUUUGCCCUAGUGAUACAGGUGCAUUCAAACAGUUAGACAAUGGCUUAUGGAGCCAUGUCGUUUGUGCCUUGUGGAUCCACGAGCUCUAUUUUGCAAACCCGGUGUAUAUGGAGCCCAUCGAGGGAAUCGAUCAUAUUCCACGUAAUCGGUGGAAAUUGGUGUGUUACAUAUGCCGACAGAAAGUGGGUGCAUGCAUGCAAUGUGCCAAUCGCUCGUGUUUCCAAGCCUACCAUGUUACAUGUGCCAAAAGAGCAGGUCUCUAUAUGAUCAUGGAAAAAGGAGUACAAGGCGCAUUAGCAUCAAAAGCACUGUUGAAGUCCUAUUGCGAUCGCCAUGCCCCAGCUUAUUGGGACCGUGACAUAGUGCUUCAAGGAAUUGAAAAGUGCCGUAUGUUUUUCCGUGAUAGUCGUAUUUUAAGUCAAAAGAACGAUAGACUAGCAUCUCAAAGACGACGUCAGAACCGAGUCAACACAUUCAAAUGGAAAACGGAACAGAAUACACCAAUCGCCCCACUUAUGUUUGUGGAAGUGGUGUAUUCUAUAAUGUGCCAGUUGAAAGUAGACAAGAGUGUGGUUGAGGGUCCCAAGAAGACACGCUCUAUGCUUCGAGGCCUUGGUCCCACUAACGAGCCCCUGAAGAAGGACAUUCGUCAAGAAAUUCGUGCUGCCAGUGAAGAAAUCUGUCGUUACUGGUGCUUGAAGCGUGAGGCGAAAAGUGGAGCACCGCUAGUCCGCCAUGCCACCUCCGAGGGCCUAAUGUCACUGGCAAACUUCAUAGAUGCUAAUUCAAAGCUUCACGGGCCAGAUGGAGCAAAGUUACGGCAGGAGAUAAUAGAGAAGAUCGACUUUGGCCACUAUCUUAUGGCAGACUUGCGGAAAGUGAUCGACAUUGCACAGGCGACAAAGGAGAGACAAAUCUUGCAGCAAGAAAAUCUGAGCUUACAACUCGAUAUGGCCGAUCUCAUAUAUUUCCCGGCUAAUAAAGUUGCGGCUGGCGUUGUGGAGCAUAUAAUAGAUAAGAUUGACACUGGGCACUUGCUUGCCAACUACAGGCCCAAAGAUGGAGGCUUGACCUUACAUGAAAUACUACAGCAGAUCCGUCUGUUUGAAGCUAGUGACAUGAUGCAACUAGAUGCGCAGUUGCAACGUCUUUUAGAGCCGAUCGUGCGUGAUCACAAACCCUCAAGCGCAUUGCGAAAAACUGCAGUAAAAGCGCAUACUUACUGGAACGAUGUUGGCCGGCGCGAAGUGGAAAAUACAGUCGCAAAUGCGGGGUACCCUAUUCCUUUCGUAAACAGCAAGGGCAUCCAGUUUUCGUUGAAACCAUCUAUGGCAAAAAAUCUUUUGGAUGAGGAGGAGUUGUCAGAAGUGGAAACCGACCCGCUUUUAGAACCUGACAACCAGGUUGUGUGGCUGAUGUUUAUGUAG